AUGGGAGAAGCCUGGCGGGGAGCUGGUGCGGCCAGAUCGUCCACAUGGGUUGCGUUGCUUCUCAGUGUGAUUACUUCUGUGUGCGCAGUGGAAGAGACAGUGAUGGAUACGAGGACAGCAACGGCUGAGCUUGGCUGGAUAUCUUUUCCUGCCAAUGGGUGGGAGGAGGUAUCGGGCUAUGAUGAGAACCUCAACACCAUCAGGACAUACCAGGUGUGCAACGUGUUUGAACCCAGCCAGAACAACUGGCUUCUUACCACUUACAUCGACCGGCGGGCGGCGCAGCGCAUCUAUGUGGAGAUCCGCUUCACUGUGCGGGAUUGUGCCUCCAUACCAAAAGUCCUGGGCUCCUGCAAGGAGACGUUCAACCUCUAUUACCUAGAAACUGAUAGAACUGUGUCAGAGAAUACCAAAGGAGUGGAGUACUGGGCCAAUGCCCCCUUUCUAAAGGUGGACACCAUUGCGGCUGAUGAGAGUUUCUCCCAGGUUGAUUUUGGGGGCAGGCUGAUGAAGGUUAACACAGAAGUGAGGAGUUUUGGGCCACUGUCCAAAGGCAGAGGGUUCCACUUGGCAUUCCAGGAUUUGGGCGCUUGCAUGUCCCUUCUGGCUGUCAGAGUGUUCUACAAGAAAUGUCCCAGCAUAGUGCAGAACUUUGCUUUUUUCCCAGAGACGCUAACAGGGGCAGAGUCCACCUCAUUGGUCAUUGCCAGAGGAAGCUGCAUCCCAAAUGCAGAAGAGGUAGAUGUGCCCAUAAAGCUCUACUGUAAUGGGGAUGGAGAGUGGAUGGUGCCCAUCGGCAGUUGCAGCUGCAAGGCGGGAUAUGAGCCAGACAAUGGCAACGUGUGUAGAGCUUGUCCUCAGGGCACCUUUAAGUCAUCCCAGGGGGCUGGAUUAUGUCAACAAUGCCCGCUCAACAGUCGCUCGACCAUUGAAGCUGCCACCCUCUGUGGUUGUCGGAAUGGAUAUUACCGCGGCGACAUGGACAAACCGGAGGACAUGUGCACCAGUGUCCCGUCAGCCCCCCGUAAUGUGGUCUCAGUGGUGAACCAAACAUCUGUACAGCUGGAGUGGCACUCACCGCGUGACACUGGGCACCGCGAUGACUUGUCUUAUAACAUCUUAUGCCGCCGAUGCUAUAGCAAUGAGCGUCGGGCAUGCCAGCCAUGUGACGACAGCGUGGUGUUUGUUCCAGGCAAGCAGGCAUUGAAGGGAACGGCAGUUGAGAUCAGCAAGCUGCGAGCACACACGUCAUAUACCUUUGACGUUCAGGCAGUCAACGGAGUGUCCAAUAAGAGUCCUUACCCUGCCCAGCAGCUGUCAGUCAACAUUACAACCAAUCAGGCUGCUCCCUCAGUGGUUCCCAUAAUGCACCAAAUAAGCUCAACAAGCCGCAGCUUCUCGUUGUCAUGGCCACCACCUGAACAGCCCAAUGGAAUUAUCCUUGACUACGAGAUUCGAUACUACGACAAGUCCCAGUCUUCGCUUCUGAACAGUUCAAUGGUCCAGAGUGACACCCCUAAUGUAGUUCUGGAGGGCCUGAGGCCUGGCACCGGCUAUGUGGUCCAGGUGAGAGCUCGGACUGUGGCCGGCUACGGAGCCUACAGCAAAGAGAUGCUCUUCCAAACCCUGACUGACGAUGAGUACAAGUCAGAGCUUGGGCAGCAGCUCUCCCUGAUUGCUGGCUCUUUGGUAGGCGGAGUGUGUAUCGUCUCUCUGGUAGCUAUCGUCAUCAUCUGUACCAGAAGGAGUCAGCUGAAAGAGAGUGUGUAUGGGGACAAGCUGCAGCAGUACAACGCAGGAGGAGAAGUAACACUGAGACCAGACAUGUUUAGUGGCCCUACCCCCACAGUGACCUUUCCCACCCUGUCUGAGGGCCGCAGUUCACCAGGGGUCAAGAUCUAUAUUGACCCUUUUACUUAUGAAGACCCCAAUGAAGCAGUCCGCGAGUUCGCCAAAGAAAUCGACCCCUCUUGUGUCAAAAUAGAGGAAGUCAUCGGAUCAGGUGAGUUCGGGGAGGUGUACAAAGGUCGCCUGAAACCUGUUGGGAAAAAGGAAAUUCCCGUAGCCAUCAAAACCCUGAAGGUGGGCUACUCUGAGAGGCAGAGGAGAGACUUCCUGGCUGAGGCGUCGAUCAUGGGCCAGUUUGACCAGCCAAACAUUAUCAGACUGGAGGGCGUGGUCACCAAGAGCAGACCCACCAUGAUCAUAACGGAGUUCAUGGAGAACGGAGCACUCGACUCAUUUCUGAGACAAAAUGAUGGGCAGUUCCCAGUCAUCCAGCUUGUCGGUAUGCUGAGAGGCAUCGCAUCUGGAAUGAGGUACCUGGCAGAGAUGAGUUACGUUCACCGCGACUUGGCCGCACGAAAUAUUUUAGUUAACAGUAACCUGGUGUGUAAGGUGUCAGACUUCGGCUUAUCACGUUAUUUGGAAGAGGAUACGUCUGAUCCAACCUACACCAGCUCACUGGGAGGUAAAAUCCCAGUGAGGUGGACAGCGCCAGAGGCAAUCGCAUACAGAAAAUUCACAUCAGCUUCAGAUGUCUGGAGUUAUGGAAUUGUCACCUGGGAGGUGAUGGCAUACGGAGAGAGACCUUACUGGGACAUGAGCAACCAAGACGUGAUAAAUGCAAUAGAGCAAGACUUCAGGCUGCCAGCUCCUAUGGACUGUCCAGUAGUGCUUCACCAGCUGAUGCUGGAUUGCUGGCAGAAAGACCGGAAUGCACGGCCAAAAUUUCCUGAUAUCGUCAGCAUGUUGGACAAAAUGAUACGCAACCCCGCGUCGCUCAAAACUGGUACCAACAACACAGUCCCUGGUCCUGUGCAGAAUCCCUUGUUAGAUCGAGCAGCUCCGGACUUGAGCAGCGUGAGCUCAGUAGAAGACUGGCUGGCUGCACUGAAGAUGACCCAGUACAGAGAUUCCUUCAUCGGCUCAGGCUUCACUUCCUUGCCACUCGUCACACAAAUCACAUCAGAGGAUCUGCAAAGGAUCGGAGUGUCCCUUGCUGGACACCAGAAGAAAAUACUAACCAGCGUACAAUCAAUGAGGCACCACAUGGAUGACCAGUCUCCCACUGAAUCUGUAUAGAAACAGAAGAAUUACACAUUUUACUAGAAUCAAUCACUGCUGGUUCAGUCAGUGAACAAACAGGGUGUCAGCGUACAAUUCUCUUUAAUCCACUUACUUUCAUUUUCUGCAUUGAGAAAUCACAAUUCCUAAAUUUUGCAACCAGCAUGGACUUUGCUGUAAAUGGCCAGAUCUGUCUUGGAGUCCCUGGAUAGACCUCUCAUACCAGUUUACUUUGUAAAAGUUGCAAAACUCCCUGGGAUUGAACUUACAAGUGAUAUUUGUUAGAUAACCACUGAAAAGACUAAAAUAAGUGGCACUGUGGCAAACACAAAACUAGCCCCUGCCUUUGAAGGGCUACUUUAAGUUUCACCUAAAGAUCAGUCAAAGUCUGCUCUCUCCGUCCUUUUAUUUACCAGGCUGACUGUUGAAAGGAGAUGAGGGUUCUUUUUUUUCUCACACAGCACUCCACUGGGAAUAAUAAACUGGCUGAGAAAACGUGUCUAAUAAGGGAAAGAAACUGGAACACGAGCCUGUUCCUGAAUGAAAGAUCAGUGGCAGCCCUUCCCAGCUCCAACAUGUUGUGUUGUCACUCCUUUAUUGUGUUGGUGUAAAAUGCUGUUGUUUAAAUCCAGAUAUGAGUCAGCCAUCUAAAUCAGACCUUUUUGAAGAUCUAUCUUCAUAUUGAAGAGUGUGUAUAUAUUAUGAAGUGGAAAAUGUAUUUCCUACUUGCUCUAUUACUUUAACUUUAACCAACAGUAUCUGACAAUGUUUAAUAUCACGGGAGUAUCUGAAAGUUUUUGCAGAAUUUUCUUCCCCUGUUGACUCAUCAACACACACAACAAAUAGAAAAAUUAGAUGUCACCGUUAUAUGUUUUUGUACUUUCCACAUGGACAGAUUACAAGAUCCGGCCCACACAAAGUACCUGGUUUAUAUAGAACUCAUCAAAAAUACCCUUAAAACUCAUACAGUUACAGAUCUGAGUCUGGCAAUUGAACUGAUAAGAAAAUAUUAUCCAGUAGCAAUGUUGCUUCAAACCAGGAUCCAAAUCACCUGCUUGGAGUUACAGAGGACAAAAAUCACCUUUAGAGAUGAUGUGAUUUGAAGAAUUAUCGCUUACUCAAAUGCAACCGUUGUGUCCGGUGGAUCUCAGAAAAGGCAUUUUCAUUUAAUGUUCUCGUGAUUUGGCUGUAUAUCCUAAAUCUGACAGCCAUUCAAGCAUUAAGACGGACAAACCGGAUAUUCAAUGCUCAUGUUCUGUCCAUGAACAGAAAAAAUCUCAUUUCUGUCUCAAGUGCGUGGCUGCAAUCCAGAUGGCUGUCAUUACUCUACAGCAGGCAGCCUGGCAGGGUCCUUUGCAUUCAUUCAUUUCUUUUAUUCACUGGCUGCUGGACAUGUUCUUGUCAGGGUCUGUUUUUACUAUCUCAAUUGUAGAUUGACAUGUCUGAUUAUUAUUGUUGUGCCAAAUUGUAGUUGAAACUUGGUAAAGUGCCCUGUCCGUAUUGUCACCUGUACUCUGAGGACAGGAAGCUUUUCCAAUAUCCACAUGUCUGAUUUAUGAUAGAGAACUGGUCCUACAAGAAAAGCAAUAAAAAGUCAAAUGCUUUGGCUUUAAAAACAAAAUUAUCAGAUGAGUUAUCACAUCUGAAUUGAAUGUGAUAUUCGAGUCACUCCUCCUCUCAAAGUACAAUAUCAAUAAGGCCUGAUCUCACUAUGGGCACUCUGGUGGAGAAGCACUUUUUAUCUAAGCACUGAGCGGAUUACCGGCUGCAAAACAACUGCAGCCUCGCUCUGCCUUCAGCCCAAACCUCUGGUCAGGCGUGUGCAAGCACAUCUCAAGGAUUACCAGUCAGUAGCUGUGAUUAGACCGUAUGAUUUUACUCGCCAUUGACUGGGAGCCAUGCUCACAGUGACAGACGGCAAGUGUUGUUUGCCAUCACUUCUGCAGAGCACUGUGUUUGUGUUUGUUUUGCACCACUGCUCUCCACUGGUGGGACGCCCCAAAGUCUUUUCAUUUAUGAACAUUGUGACAUUGGGAGGUCUGUGGCCGUUUCAAACCUCCAAACAUUUCCGUUUCAGUUUUUUUUGCUGAAACUCUACUCUGACAGCACAACCACAAUUGCAUUUGUUGCCUGGCAACAGAGGCUUAUUGAACAUUUUAUCAGGAAGUACUGAGAUCAACUGGGAGCGUGUCAGUUGUUCAGUUGAAUAAUUUGUUGUAAAUAGAUGCCUCUGGAAAAACCGUCUCUGCGAUAGCUCAGAGGUUUACUAAAGAAUGAGACAACUAGCGUGCCUAAAAGCUCAUAAUGAAUGCCACUAAAAAAGGAUAAUACCAUGCAGAGGAAAUGAACACUAUCAUCACAUACGAGCAUCUUGCUGCAUCACCUACUAUCUGUAGUUUAGUGCGAUGUGUCAAUUACUGGCUUAAUAUCUUUUUCUCUCUUUGUAAUAAGUUAAGGAUGAGCUUUCAGACAUUUCACACAUUACUGUGUCCGUGUUUGAAAAAAAGAGAAAAAGUUGAACAGUCAUUCUAUAGCUUGUGGUUAUAGAAUGACAUGACUGAGUUUGGGGAAAAAUAUUCAAUGUCUUGUUGGAGUUCUUGAGAAAAGCCGCCUUGUGUUCAGAGGUAUUUUUAAAAAGACAAAUCCACCCUCAGUCUGUUGCUCCAACAGAAAACAUUUGUUCUGUGUUUGUGGCCAUGCAGAGCUAAAACACAGGCUAAUUAUAUCUGUGCUGAAUAUCUGAGUAAACACUGCGUUCUAAUUCAGGACGAGAAUACAUGUUUUAUUCAUUUUUUCUUUAAAAGUCAGGCAGAAAUGUCACCAAACUUGACAUAUUUUGAGUUUUUUCUGUAAAAAGACUUCAAAAGUUGUCAGGAAAUAACAGUUUUAAAGAUAUGUUUCCUUUAGAUGCCAGCCGUGUCCCAGUUUAUCACUGCAGCUGAAGCGUUCACACUGUGGCACGGAUAAAACAAAUAAACUGAAAAAUGAUUCUCAAUACUCUUGUGAUGACCAGUCAGAAAUGCUGGUGAACACAGGAACACCACAGAAAACAUGUAAUUAUGUCACUAUGUCAGUCUUGGGAAAGUUUUACUGUACGAGAAUGAAAAUGUUUUUCGAUCCAUACAAAAAAAAAAAACAUUAAUCUGACAUCACUGUUUCCUGUAUCAUUCAGCCACCACGAAGCCGUUCAAAGUGCCUUUUUUUCGUUUUCUUCCUCAUUAUACUUUAGCAAAGCCAUUUCCUAAACAAUGUAAAAGUUACUUGGUUUACACUCACAUUCACACUGUUCAGUUUCACAGUUCUGAAAAGAUGAUAAAAGAACAAAUGUUUUGUUGCAGUUUGCUUCAUGCCAAGUUGACACUGGUAUAUCCGGCCUCAAACUUCCACUUCAGUCCAACUACUUCUCGCUUAAUUAUUGAGCAUUGGGAAGCAAAGCUUUAAAUAUUAUUCACACUUUAGAUUAAUGUGAUAAAAUUUUGUUUUAAGCCGUGCAGAUGGUGACAAGCUUUGAUCCCUCGGUUUAAUUUAGCCACAUUAGUGAAGUGGCUGUCCUGCUCACAUAUCCAUCUUUCCAGCUUCGCAUUUUGGGUCUGACUUGUUCAGAGUGUGUAAGCAGUGUUAGAUGUGAUAUUGAUCACAUAUGGGUCUUCAUUUUGAAGUUAGUGUAGAUGAUAGUAUGGUAGCAGUUUCAUCAGAAUUGGAGAAUAUUUCCACACAUUUGCAUAAAGAAAUAAAAAGAAAGGCAAGGUUUGUGUGUUCCUCUGUGUGUAAACACACUCAUUCAGAGCCCAAUCAGAACAGUGCAAUCAGUACUUUUGUCAGACAGCAAAACAUCAUAUCUUGUGAUGUGUGAUAAACUCAUUGAUGACACAUAGAUGCUUUACUUAGGUUGCUGCAAUUUAUUUCAUGUAAUCUUGAAUUUUUAGCCAUUACAUAAUGUGACAAAAUCACCCUUCCUAAAGAUCUACCCAUUCAAACUAAUCUCUUGACAGAACACGAUAUUUCCAGAUUUUUGUGUCAUGAUUUCUGCUGUCCAAAUUUUGCGGUUGUUGAUUUCUUUUCCACAAACGUGUAAAAGGGGGAAGAAGGCAUGAUAGAACAUGCUAAUCCAUAGAAAGCUAUGCAAGAGAUCUCUAUUGCCUACUGUUUGACGCUAUGCUUGCUCUUUUCUACUUCUUUUCUACUUCUUUUUCAAUUGAGGAUUAUUUUUUUCUUUUGUGCCCACCUCCAACUGGGGUAAAAAGUUGGAAAAAAGAUGGUAAGGAUUCUAUUUUAGGACUGCCUUUACAUCCAUUCCGUCCAUCAUUGUCUAUACUGUUUAUUCCUGGUGGGGUUGCUGGAGCCCAUCCCAGCUGACUUUGGGCAAGAAGCAGCGUAAACUCACUUCCAUAGGCAAUCCUAGCGUACAUGUUUUCGAACUGUGCGAGGAAGCCAGAGUGCUCGGAGAGAACCCACGCAUAUGUGGAAAGUACAUGCACAAAUAACACAGAAAGGUUCCCAUUAAUUUCUUCUCCAAUGUAGAUUUUUAGAUCUUCAAGCAGUAUGUUCCCAUGUCUCACUUUGAAGCUAUGGACUGUGAUAUUAAUGAAUUUCUUAACAUGUGAGGGAAGCAUAUGUUUCACAAUAUUUCCUGUAAUGUCAGUCUCCCCCGUAAUUAACUGUUUAUUAGUAAGUUCUUUGCAUCUUCAGAGAUUCAGACUUCAUUUAAUAAGCAAAGUAUCAAAUGCUGAACUCAAGGCUUUGAGGCAGCAGUUCAGAGAUCAGAGACUGAUAUCUCUGUGACUUUGCCCAUGUUUGAUUUACAGUCUACGGCCAAGGAAAAAGCUUGGUUCACUAACUGGCAUCGCCAAUCGCUUCUUGGUAAUCUGAUUGGAUGAAGUUUGCUUAUGACAGGCAGCAAUAGACAGAUGGUUCAUCCAAUCACCAGCCAAAUAUUCUUUUCAAAGCGUUUGCCAUUUUCCAGACACUUUCAAACAACUUCCCAGAUGGUUUCUUGUAACAAACCAUCUGUUGUGUCAUUUUAGUUCAGUAUUAUAAACCUAUAUACUGAAAUCACUUCUCAUACAAGACAAACCGCAGAAGAAUAACUGAUGGCACUUGGCAGCCGAGGACUAGAUGGGGCGUUUACUCUGGAGUAUGUCAGUAACCUCGGUGCAUGUCACACUGUUCCCUUGUGCUUGUUAUUCCCUUAGCAGAGCAUGCUAGAUAGACUAUUUUGGAAUUUGAGAGUGGAGUAGUGUAAUAACUGCUCUGUAUCUUGACUGGCACGGAUAUGCUGAGACAAUUCAGCACUUUAAUUUCCCAGAAGUGCUUCCUGUCGUUGCUGUUCCAUACAGUACCUGUGCUUUUUGGCAUGUUCCGCCACCAGGAAUAGUGUUAAAAAAAGCAACGUGUCACAUCACUCUCAUCUGUGUCUGCAGAAAAAAAACAGGAAGCCUUUCAUAAAAAAUAAACAUAUAUAGAAACAUGCGUUGUAAGCACAGCUAUGACUUAAGGGCAAAAAUAAGAUAAAAGAUCUUUUUUUUUUGUCACAUUAUUGUUGUUUUCUGUGUAUAGACAGACAGCAUCUGACCAGUUUGUGAAUGUGAAUGUGUGCGAAACCACAGCUUAUCUCAUUUGUAAAGCUCAUUUGUUGUUGCUGAAAAUCACUGUUGCUGUUCUGGGAUUACUGUCAGUGGAGACGGUGAAAAAUGUCUCUCAAUGUUCGUCUCUGAAUCACUGUACAAAAGGCAGCUGCAGACAAAAGUCCUUCCUCUGUGAUUCUGAUGGGCUGACAGCAAAACCUGACAUUUUACUGCAGAUGUUUUCGAUAAAGUUGUGAUUCAGACCAGCAGAGAGUAAAGAAAAAUAGACCACUGAACAACAAAGCAGGCUGACCAUUGCAAGGAGAGUCUGGUCUGAGUGCUUCAGGGUGGAUUUAUCUCUUAAUUGGACGUAUUUUUUAACGGUUAGACGGUGCUCCUUUUGUCUGGUGUAAUAGCUACAAGUGAGGCUGGCAAAUGAGAGCAGGUGAAAUAUGAUGAGUGAAAAAGUACAGGGAAUAGAAGGGACAGGGAUGAGUAUGGAAGAGAAACAGAAUCGUAAUGAAACGGGACGGGAGGAGGGGCGAGAAGCGAAACUCAUCUUGUGUUUGAAUAAAAAUGAGGCUGGGUGUGGAGAGAUUACUCUUUCUUUUUGUCUUUCUCACUGUGCUUUACCCAGCCAUUCUCCUUCUUCUUCCAAAGCCUAUAACCUCUCUGAAUAACUCACUCUGCUUCCUGUCCACAUUUCUACUCUUUCCUUUGAACAGUUUGUAGGUAGGCAGUCAUUCUAUUUUAGAUGUUCUGUUUUCAAAAACACUUUGAACUCAUAUCUCUUGAGGAUGUAUUAGCACAUAUCUUUUUCCCAAAGCCCUGUCAGAAUAUUGUUAAAGGUUUUUCCAGAAGAUAUUUACUCCUAAACUGUGAAAGUAUCGGUCUCUACUUGCCAUACUCUUUCUGUCUAAACUUAAACUAAGUCUAAACUAAGCACACACACAAUACAUGCAGAAAAAGAGGUUUCCCUAUUGAUCUUGUAUAGCAACUUACUGCUUUAUCAAGAUAAACAUGCUGGUGUUGUUGGUCCCUGGUGAUCUCUUCUCACCGUACUAUCUCAGCUAUUGGACAGAAUCUCUUGAAAUGUUUUUUUUAUUAUUUUUUUAUUGUUCUAACUGUGAUGACCUGUUCACAGUGCUGUCAUUAGAUUCAGAUGUUC